AUGGGUAUGGGGCAAGCAGUACGUGUGCAAUGGGGCUUUGUGUCGGCUGCUGCUGAGGUGUUGCAGGCACCUAAGGAGCUUGGCUUCAAACUCGCAGGCCACGGCGAAAUCGCUCAGGUGCUGAAGGAUAGCGAGGAGCUUCAGCAAGCAGCGAAGCAUGGAAGCGAGGCCUUCACUACCUGGUUUCCUCUUGCUUACUACCAUCUCCGCCGCACCAUGAAGAAGCUUGCUGCUCGCGACCCGACCAUCGCGCCUCCGUUCCCCGGCUCAGUGUAUCCAACCGCUUGCGCCAAUCUAGGCCCGCAUAUGUGUUGCCACUGGCAUCAUGAUGUAAAUAACUAUCCGGGUGCUCCAUGUUGGAUUCUUGCACUCGGGAACUAUAACUCGAAGCUUGGCGGCCACUUGGUUCUUCCGCAACUCCGCAUGUAUAUCGAGUUUCCUGCAGGCGCCUCAAUCCUGCUAUCAUCAGCUGGGAUCAAGCACGGCAACACCUCCCUGCAGCCAGGCGAGAAGCGCUAUAGCUUCACUCAGUACUGUCCGGGCGGUCUUUUGCGCUAUGUUGCUUACGGGUUUCGCCUUGCCCGUGAGGUCCAAGACCCGAAGGUUCGGCAGGCGAUGGAGGAGCGAGCAGGCGAAACUUGGAAGCAACAAUACGCCCGAUUCUCGACGUCAGCAAGCCUGGUACGUUACCGCCAAUGGGUACGAAGUCAGGAGGCUCUGGAGGCUCUCAUUCUUUAA